UUAUACUUUGUAUCUGAAACUCUCUUAGCCUGCAGGACACCAGGCCAGCCGCUCACCCUCCCUGACACUGGUCCUGUUCUCCUCCAGCUGUCGCUAUUCACCUUAACAAUAACAACAUAUCGAUAAUAGGAUUGAGGAAGGAGGACGACGAUGGAUUGGGUGAAUGAAACAAUUUUGAGAUGGAGAGAAACUCCAGCAGCUGAUCUGAAGUCAGAAGACUUUGAGCAGUUUAAGAACCUGGGAUGUAGCUGUCUCGCUCAAGAUGAAUCAGAGAAGCUUUUGGAAUUCCUUCACGAUGAAAACAAUCAGGUCAUAGUGAGGACAAUGGGCUCAGUUCUCUUGUCACCACUGCUGAACAUGGCGGUGAAGGACAAGCAUCAUCAUCCUUGCCAGGCUGCUAUAACUCAUCUAACCAUGACUUGCAGCCCAGAUGACGUGGUGAACCGCUGCAUACAAGUGGUUGAAGAUGUGGACCCAGGUCUCAUUUCUGACACCAUCAUUACUGUUGCUCCACACCUACAAGCAGGCCUGCUGAGGUUGGAGGGGAACCAGGCGUCUUUCGUGGGCGCUGCUUUAUCUGCCCUGCACAAGCAGCUGACACGGUUGCCAGUACCUUACUGCAAACAGCAGGAAGAUGAUGAUGAAUAUGGUUUGUGUCGCUGCUGCAGCACCUUAGCUGCUUUUAUUCAACCGUUUGCAGAGAAGAUACAUGACUAUGUGGAGCAUCAGGAGCGGGAGGAGCUGAAGAGUGAGCUGCUUAAGUUCUGCAUGAGGAGCUUACGGGAACCUCUAUUGGAGGCUGAACUGGCCAGAGACAGAAAUUCGUCACUGAGGCUCUUUGCAACACAGUUAAUGAUCACCAUACAAGCCACUGGGGAAUCCACCUCAGACAUUGUCUUCUCCAGAAAUAGAUCCAACCUGAUGCCUGUCAGUCAAUCCCAGGAGUCCAGAGCAAGUCUGUCAUAUCUGCUGUUUGUGCAGCUCAUCACUUACGACAGCUUCCCAUCGAUUUACAGCCCUAUGUUUGUUCUUCAGUCCAACAUGGAAAACAUCUCACUCCUGCUCAGCAGCAAAAAAGAAUCACAUCUGACAAAGGGACUGGCGCUUUUUGAGAAAGGGUUGGAGAAAAUAGAGGACAACAGUCUCCCUGUGAGUCUCCUGGAGCUCCAGAGCUUCUACAGAGUCAUACAGAAUCUGCGGUUCAUUCUGACAGACUGUCCAAUUCAACAUUUGAGGCAAUCAGGACUGCAGAUUUUACAGAUGUUCAUCAACAAAUUAGACUGUGGAGCAAAGCAGAAGAUAUUCAGGUGUUUAUUGAUAAACAGCAAUCAUUCAGGGUUGGAAGGUUUCAUCGUGAAAAACAUCAAGAAACAAAUGGAACUUUCCAUGAAUGGGGAUGAUACAAACGACUGGCCCGAGGGGAGAAACUUCUUGCCUCUGCUGCAACUUGUGUUUGCUUUGCCAGACGGAGCACAGACUAAUCUACUGUAUAACCUGGACAGGUACACAAGUAAAAGCUUGAUAAUGGAGUGUCUGAAUCUUCUGCGCUUUCUCCUCAUACGAAACAAAAUCACCAAGGAAGAGGAAGUGUGGAGAGAGUUCUGCCAAAUCAAGGACAGCUUCUUACAAACGCUGCGUGUGAGCAUCAGCAUGUCCAGAUCUUAUUAUUCCUAUGAGCUCAAGACUCUGACAGAGGAUAUGAAGCUGAAAGCAAGAGAGAUGAGAGCGUGCGCUGGUUCCACAAAGUCCCUGAAAAGGAUGAUCUUGAAACAUAAGCAAGAGUCGAAUUUGACUCCAGCUGAGCAGCAUCAGGUCUUGCAGAGUGCUUUAGUGACCUUGGACCUAAUGGAAAGUCUCAUUUUCCGCAUUGAUGAGAUCACAGAAGGAAAUCUUACGAUGGCUAACUAAACAUUUUAUUCAUCCCAUGUUAUUAACAACACUUUUCAAGCAACAAAACAAGUUGCAAAUACAUGUGUUUACCUUUUUCAAUUGAACAAAAGAACGUGACACGUCUUACUUGAGGUCUUUCAACAUUUGGUGCACUGAGCUGUUCUCAAGGAUGUGACGCCCAACUUGAGCCAAUCUUUCCAGGACAAUGUUGACAUGGGGCUUGCUGGUCACCUGUCGGAGAACGGGAAUACAGCUGCUUCAAAGAACCUCACUGGAAUAUUGAAUUACAAUUGAGUUUCUGUCAACUGUGCUGUAGAUAAUGAAUUAUAUGGUGCUGACCCAAGUCUUUUGCGAUGAACCUGCAUUUGUGUAUGUGGGACUGGACGGGGUUAGCACGAACUACUGGAUGCAAUUGGGGACAACAAUAAGGUAAUAAUAGGCAUAUUUAUGGAAGAAAAAAAGGUGCAAAAAAUGAAUAUUGGCAUUGCAGGUAUUGAAUAACUGCAGAUACAGCCAAAGCUCCACCAGCAGCUCACGAAAUGACAUGAGGAGAUAGUCAACACUGCUACCUCAUUCAUGGCAAAGAUGGAACCAAAAACAUAUAAUUUGUUGCAUGGGCACAAUGACUCUGCACACAAUAAUGGACAUAUUUAGUUCACACAAGCAAAGAGCCAAUUACGUAGGUAGGACGAGGACAUUCAUAUAUUCAUCCUGAGGGUUUUUCAUGGCAAAUAAAUAAUAAUACAUUUUAUUUAUUUAUUAUUACAAUAGAUAUUUAAGUAACUCCGAGUCACAAGUCAUAACAUCUGACCUCUAAAAUCACACCUCAGAUGAUAAUAUUAAGGAAAGGCAGAUAAUUCCGAAUAUUUACUGGGAAUUAUUUUGGUACUUUGGUUUUGACGUUAUUAUUAGUGCAUUACUUUUUCAAGGAGUAACAAUGAGUAGACCUCCUGGUUGAUCAAAGAAUAGGUCGCCACUAGCACAAGCGACCAAUUGCAACCAUUACCUUGGCAAUUGUCAACAUUCCUUUGAUGAUAUCUGCAUUGCUCCGCACUGGAAUGAUCCUUAAAUUUGCACCAAAAAAUCUAAAAAAAAAAUAAAAAAAAAUCACCUUGGCACAUUGCGCAUGGAAACAUAUACAAUCAAAUUAAAUGUCCACACAGAAAAGACAGGUUCUCUGGAAACAUACUUGCCUCAUGUCAGACUCAGACACAAAUCUGUGACCACAACUACAUCUUAAUGAUGUCCAAUUGAGAUACUAAAGCUAAAAGCUAAAAUAAUAACCCCAUACUAUUGCACUGUGUAAAAUACUCUGCAAUAACGAUUUAUAUCCUUUAUAACUUAUUUCAUAAGACAACAUUCUGUUAAGCCAAAACAUAUACAUUUAAGUCAAUGGCAACAAGUGUAACAUGUAUAGUGUUGUUUACCUGCGCUGUAAGAAAGUCAGGUACUCCUUUCCCCCAUCAAAUGCAUCGAACAAGAACAGAAAACUGUUGCGGUGAACCUGCAAAAACCUAUCUAUUUGAGUAGUCACAUGAUGUGACUCAUCACAGUUCUUUGGAAGCUCUUGUGGAUGAAGAAACAGAAAUGCAGUGCCUGUCCAGUUAAAAGAAGGAACAAAUACACUUUUUGAAAUUGAAUCAAUAAAAUAUAACAAUUGAAAAUGCAUACUAAAGAUUCUUUUGAGAAUGAAAAGCAAAAUAGGAAUGGGAACUGAAUACUAAUGUCAAAAAAUAGAUCGCAACAAACCACCCCAGACUUCCCAUAAGGGGUGCCUAAGUUCUUUUUGUUUUAGAUGGCCGAGAUCCGAUGAAGUGUUCCUAAACGACAUUAAAUACAAUUAACUUACUAGUUACUAGGGAAUUGUAGUCCUAAAAAGAAACAAAUUUCAACUAGAAAUGACUGUUCGUAUUCACAACUUCAACGCAAGUUUUGAAGAACAGUCUCAGGAAACAUUUGAACACACGUUUGAGAGCUACCUCUUUUAUCAAUAAACUCACAUAUGAGCACCCAACUAAUGGCAUUUUAUUUACAGAUGAAACUUUAAAAAGUGCAUUUCGAAAUUUAGAUAGAGUCAUAAACAGCUCUCAGGCCAGUCUUCGAUGAUGCCUGCUAUAUUAUUUCAAUAUUGGUUUUACACCGUAUUCGUUACAAACAAGGAAAGCUAUGUCACACAUCGGACUAGUUUACCAGCCGCGCAAUACAUAAAUUCAAGCUAGGUGUCGUAAAAUAAAACAAACUUUUAAAAAUCCCAAGCGAAUAAACUAACAAAUUUGUCAAACUGUACCUGACAUGGGGAAAAUAAAGGCUCCAUCCUCCACACUGUCAGAGAAUCUGAUUCGGUGUUGCUGCGCCAUCAGACUUCUGCAGAUAUCAUGGUUCUAAGAAGUAGUAUUUUGGAAAUAAAAAUGAACCCAAUUGACUUGAAUAACUUUAAGAAAGUAUAGCAGACGCAAUAAAAUGAGUAACGUUAAAAUAAAUGUGUUCGUUGGCAACUUGUAAUCAGUUGUUAGCAUACUAGCAUAACACCCUUUUCCUCAAAGAAACAACGACCUACAAAAAAAAAAAAAAUCACCUGGAGGGCCUUGCUGAUUAUAAUAGUUGUUGUCCACUGAGUAUUUUCUUGUUUGGAGCACGCCAUCAUUUAUUUGAGACGAAAAUAGACCUCGCAAAUGCAUUCGCCAAAUCAGACUGAAGGCAAUAGCUGGAGUCACCGCUGGGUGGAGCUGUUGUUUAAAGAGUACAGAUGACGGCCUUGAAAUGACGCAGUGGUUGUUCUGAUAACGUCAUGGUUGAUCAGGAAAUGCAGAAAUUCAGAAUGUAUGAAAAGGAAUGAAAAUCAACAACUUAUUUGUGAACAUAUUUACAAGUAAAGACACACACACACACAAAGAACAUUUAAUCUGAGCACAAUCCUUUAUUGUAACUUAAAGCUGUUGGGCAGUGAUAUUUCUUUUCUGAAAAGCCAUUCAAGUCUUUUUUUUUUUUAAGACUGACAUGAGACAAAGCUCAGCAAUAUUCAUAUCUGAUAUUAUUUCAGUGUACUGAAGCAACAUUGACCCAAUAAAACAUGAAAUCAUCAGCAUGCAUGGACUCCAAGGGCAAACUAGCCACUGAGGGCCACUGGAAAAGGAAUGCAAAGAAGUUGUAGAAAUUGCUAUGAGUUUUUCAUAAAUUACGGAAGAUGUUUCAAGUCCCUUGAGAAGCGUGUUUGUCAAUGGUGAGUCUCAAGUUCCACGAUAGUCCAUUCUCCCUGUGGGGAGGCA